CCGCCUCUUUUUCCGUACGGCCCUUCAGGAGCAGGGAUGUGCAGCUUGCUAGUCCCGCCCCUGACCUUGAGUGACAGGACCGCGGACGGCAACAUUUCCAGCCGGACACGAAGUUUGUCGGCCUUUGUCUUGGCUGAGCUGAGUAAGAAAAAGCAGCCAAGAAUAUUAUUAUUGGUAUCUGGAGUUGAAUUUGCCAGGAAUGUGAGCAACCGCUUCCUCGGUAAAGAUCUUGCUUUUGGAAACAUCUUACCCCUUGGCAGCUCUUCAGAGUUCAGACUUGGCAGCAUCAAGAACACAAUACAAGGCUACAUGUCCAAAAUGGGUUGGUAGGAAAGCUCAGAGACUCAAGACAUCAAAGACUUCAUCAGACUUCAUCAGUGUACUUCCAUGAUCACUGCAGCAGUGGGAAGAGAGAGUGGCAAAUUAUGCACUGGCAUUUAGAGUUUCAUUGGUCAAAGCAAAUUGCUUAAUUGCAAAUGGGGAACUUUGAAGAGCAGUGUUGCCCUCUACCAAGAGAGAAAGGAGAAUUGGAAGAUAUGUUUUCCAGACAACAGAGUCUGAGGCACAGCUUAUGCCUGGGUGCAAUACGAGGAGAAGAAUGAAUGAAAAAUGGAAGAAAGAAAAACAGUAUAUGAGAAAAAAGAAACACAAGUUUUCAAACACUGGACAAUAGACAGCAUAGAAUUGUGAUUCCUGAGAGAAGGGAAACAAACAAGCAGGCAUUUUGGAGAUCAAAGAUGGGUAGAAAAGAUGCCUCCACUAUAAAACUUCCUGUUGAUCAGUACAGAAAGCAAAUUGGUAAACAGGAUUAUAAAAAAACCAAACCUAUUUUACGAGCAACCAAAUUAAAAGCAGAAGCAAGGAAAACAGCAAUAGGCAUAAAGGAAGUUGGCCUUGUACUUGCAGCAAUAUUGGCCCUCCUACUGGCUUUCUAUGCUUGCUUUUAUCUCAGACUGUCAACAGAUGUUGACCCUGAUCUGGAACCAGACGAAGAUUAGCUGAGCAGCAGUCAAUUCAUGAAAAGGAAGAUAAUUUUAUCAAAGCACCUCAUGGGACCGAUACUUUCUGAAGUACUGAAACAGCAACAUCUUGACUUCUUUCUACUGAUAGUUUCGGUUUGCAGAAAUAUCUUUUUAAAUAGUUGCAUAGGGUAUCAGGAAAAGAACCUUACCUAGCAAUGUAGUAUAAUGUAUGCUACCAGAUACUUUUAAAAUCUUUAUACUUUGACAGGCAACCUAUUCAUGGUGCAUUUAGAUAACAAGGGAAACAGAUCCUAAAUUCUUCGGAUGCCUUUGGCCAUUUAUGCGUAUAACACCAUCACAUGCAAAUUACUAAAUCUAUUUUUGCUCCAUAUACAUCAUAAAUAAAAGUAUAUAUCCUCAUUUACAGAAACAUUCUCAAAUCACAUUCAGAGCCUAAGAAAGAAUGAAAAGUCAUGGGAAAUUUUUCAUUUUACUAAGAAGCCCUGCUUUCUUUCCAGACGUAUUUUAUAUCACGAGAGAGACUAUCUGCACAUGCAGCUACAGUACUCUUUUUCCUUCUUUGCCAACUGUUCGGUGCACAUGUGCUCCAUCAGAAAUGGCACCUGGAUGACAGAAGCUCAAAGAGUCACAUAUGUCUCUAAAAUAGAGUUCCUUUCCUCUUGGGCUGUCUGAACUGGCGUAAAUAGAAAGUUCAGUUGAUCUUGAUUUUAAUUAACUUAUUACUCUGUUACUGUAAACUUGGAAUUCUAUUUUAAUUAUGUUCUGGCUUCUUGCAGUAUCAGUUUGCCCCUCUUGUUAGGGAGACAUGUAACAGUCUGUCGUUUAAUUGUGCAGUCUUUCUCACACAACAGUCGUAGCAGAAGUCCUACCUACUCACAAUCAUUUUUCUUGUCUCUUAAAUCUGAACAAUACAAAGUUGUUUUACAAAAUUACAGUUUGUCUCUUGUGAGUUAAUGAAUUAGAACUUUUACAUGAAAAAUAAAUAAUAGAAGAAAAUAUGUCUCAUAUUACUCACAUAUGUAGUUCUCUGUUUAUAUAAUUUUUCAAGGUCUUUUCUAUUUUGGGGGUAUAACAACCAAUAUAUUCAAUAUUUUUACUGGUAGUGGAAUUUUCUUAUAUUUUUAGAACACAUGAAUACAUAAAGCUUAGAAAAUGGAAAAAUAUGUGUCCUCAGCAGAGUUGUUAGCUCUGCUACCUUAUAUAAAGAUGUGUAGAAAAUGAAUAAUUUGAAACAUGCACAAAGUGUUUUAUGGUAUAUACAUUGUAUUUAUGGAGAGUAAAUAAAAUGUUAAGAUUGAUUCCAUACUCGCCAAGAGAAGAAGCUUUGAUAAAUACCCUAGGUAUUCUUUGAGACUUUUCAAAUAGUUGAAUAUGACUGUGUGGCAUUAUGUUCUGUAGAAUUUUUUCAAGUAGCAUAAUUUAUUUCAUCAGUGUGAAAACAGCCAAAAGUUCCAGUAUCCUCACAGAUCAUUUAUGCCAAACAUCUAAGGGCAAAAUUUAGCCAGUGUUAUUUACUGAAUUCUAUCCCUUGAAAUCACAAACUCAAGAGACAGACCAAGAGUUCUUACUUACUUACCACAGCAGACCAAUCCAAGUGGCAUUUUUAGGAAAGGUUGCAGCAUUUAAUGCCAUGUGGUAUGUCUGUUCGUGAAGUGGGUGGCAAGGGAAUAUCCAAGCUGGCAUUUUGGAUAUGAUGGGCCUUUUCCUUUCCUGAGUGACAUGCCACAUGUCAAGAAAUACUGCUUUCCCCUACUCCUAUCACAUUUACGUGAACAAUUUUCAUUUAGUUAUUUCCCCUCCCAUAUGGUGUUAAAAACAGAUUAAAUAAAGAUUAUUUCUAAUUUCAGUGAUAAUUUAAAUGAGAGGGUAUGUAAUAAUUGUUUAUUAGAUAUGUGUCCAAGUGAGAUAUAACAGAAUUUACAGCAUUUAAAAUAGAUGAUUAUACCCUUGGAAAUGUUUGAAAAUUCAUUACUCUGAAAAAUACUUUACUGUCUUGUUCUACUCUAGAGGUGUUCUUUUGGAGAAAAAAGUGUUGUUUCUGAUAGUAAUAAAUAUUAGGCUGAACAUAGUAUAAUUAUAGGCAAGUUUCAUUACCUAGUUUUCUUGAUACCCUGAGUCUAUGGCUAGUCCAUUUGUAUGACUGAUUGACUUAUGUUGGCUCCAGAGAACCAUAAGUCCCAAAGGCUAAACUCGGAUUUUAAUAGAUAGCCGGUAAAGUGAGACAACAUAUAUUUACACAACACUAUUUUUGUGAAAUGCAAAAUUUUCAAACUCACAUUAACUGAGAAGCAGCCAAUCCUCUAUUGAGAAAUCCCAGAUUGAAGUCUGGUUUGAAUCUUUGAAGACAGAGAGGUGAUAUCUGGCCUGUAGUUUGAAGGGACCAUACUUUUGAACAGUGGGUGGUAUUUGGCAUAAAUCUGAGACUCGUACCAGACGCAAAUUUUAGGUGUGAGUUUUUCCCCUCCAAUAAUUCGCUGCUUAGAAUAAUCCAGAAGACAAAAACAGAAAAAUUGUGAUGACUUUUCAGAAUGUUAGAAUCUAUUUGUUAACAUACUGUGCAGAAUAAAUUUCAAGUAACGCAGACUUAACAUAUAGCCUAUGGAAUACCGUGAAUGAAGCUUGAAGGGUUGCUGGUCCUUAUUUUGCAUGCAAAAUAAAGAGUAUAUAAAUUCAAUUGAGAAGAGAUGUUGUAAAAAUAUAACCUCAUCUAGAAUUUCUUUUAAAACAGAUGAACAAAAUGCCUAUUGUAAUACAAGUAUAGGGUUUAUUGUUGUUGUAAAGUAGCAAAAAACUUGAAGAUUUUCUAUCUUUUCGAUUUUUCAUAAAGAUGGAAGAAAUACUCCCACCCCAAUCAAUGAUUGUAAGAUCUUGAGAAUAUGUUCUUUUUUAUUUCUGAAAUGCCAACAAUGUAGUGAUCUGAACAUAUUUAAUAAAUGCAUGUUAAAAUUUAA